CCGAACGCCAAGAGCGUGGCGUUCAUCGGGACAGGCGUCAUUGCCGAGGCCAUGGCGCGAGCAACUGCGACCGUGCACGGCUUUGAGGAGGCCUUUGCCUUCGCCAGGUCGCCUCAGAAGUCCUCUACCUUCUGCAAGAAGAUGUCAAAGGAACUCGGAUACCCCUUCUACGCGUGCGCCACCGCUGAGGAUGCCGUGCGAAACGCUGAUGUUGUAUUCACCCAAACGCCGGGAGGUGAGUGGGUGCUGGAGGAGGAAUGGCUCAGACCUCACGCCACCAUCAUUGCCUCCGGUUCGGAUCAGCCCACCAAGAACGAGCUCCCUCCUUCCGUGAUGGCGAAGGCUAAGUUUGUCACCGACAUCACGGCUCAGUGCUCAAGGGUUGGCGAGCUUCGCAGCGCAAUUGAAGCUGGCCUCAUGACUGCUGACGACGUGCACGCAGAAAUUGGACAGAUAAUCAAUGGCGAAAAGCCGGGCAGGGUCGGGAACGAACUCAUCGUGUGCGAUCUCACCGGCACCGGCGCUCAGGACGCCGCCAUCGGGUCCUACGUCAUGAAGGCUCUCGAUGGCGUGGUUCCGGGCGCCAUGCCGCCCGUGUUUGACGCCAACAAGCCGAGGCUGCCUGCGCCCAAGCUAUACGAUUAUGACACCAUCAAGUCCAGCGUGGCGCCAAGCCGGGAGCUCACUGAAUCUGUGGAGGAUGCCUUCUCCCAGCUCGCCAACGGCAGAGUGGAUGUGCCCCUCCCCAUGCACAUCGGUAUCGCCGAGACUCCCGAGGCUGGACCCGGUGACUGCCACAUCAAGGGCGGGUACAUCGAGGGCGCGCCGACGUGGACUGUGAAGCUGGCCAACGUGAGCUUCUACAACAAUGUGAAGAAGGGUCUGCCUGCGGGUUCGGGCGUGUUCGUGGUGUGUGACGCUACGAAUGGCGGGCCGAAGGCUGUGCUGCACGAGAACAGGUACCUGACGGAUCUCAGGACCGGAGCCGCGGGAGCGGUAGCAGUCAAGCACCUCGCCAUAAAGGAUGCCAAGAGCGUGGCGUUCAUCGGGACAGGCGUCAUUGCCGAGGCCAUGGCGCGCAGCUCUGCCACCGUGCACGGCUUCGAGCAGGGGUACGGUUACUCACGUGACAUGACAAAGAACAGCGCUUUCUGCGACAAGAUGUCCGCCGAGCUCGGUUACGCCUUCACCCCGUGCUCCAGCGCGGAGGAGGCUGUGAGAAAUGCUGAUGUUGUGUUCACCCAGACCCCAGGCGGCGAGUGGGUGCUGGACCUGAAGUGGCUCAAGCCCCACGCGCUCAUCGUCGCGUCCGGGUCCGACCAGCCCACCAAGAACGAGAUCCCCCCGGCGGUGAUGAAAAAAGCCAGGGUAGUGACCGACAUCACCGCGCAGUGCCUCCGCGUGGGCGAGCUGAGGAGUGCGGUUGCGGCCGGCGUGAUGAAGGAGACGGAUGUUCACGCCCAGCUCGGUGAGGUAAUCAAUGGCACAAAGAAGGGUCGCACCGGAAAGGAACUCAUCGUGUGCGAUCUCACCGGCACUGGCGCGCAGGAUGCCGCCAUCGGCUCCUACGUCAUGAAGGUGCUCGAUUAAAGAGGCAAGACCUGUGACGUGGACGAAUACUCCCUGCAUUUGUUGUAACUGACACUUUAUCAUUCACUUG